AUGGCCGAUGCUGCGAGGACGAAGACUCCCAGACCGGGGCCGUUUGCACGACGAACACUGAAGAAAGCAUCGUCGCCAGGGCCUUUGCGCAUCACCAUGCUGAGUGGAGAACUCCUGGGCGAAACAGACGCACGGCGGCAUCGGACAGCAAGGAAGCUGGCGACGUACGUAGGGGAGUACUGCUGCGCCACGCCGGCACCGAAGCAGACCAUAAGGCUACUGCACGCCGGACGAAGGCUGCAGGGCGGGAGACUACGCAUCGAUGCCACAUCAACCGUGCAGGCCGUCUUCCUGCCCUACGUCCAGAUACACGACGGCUCGAGGGAGUCGGAAGACUUCCGCUUGGCCCUGUGGAACAGAAACACCUCGAAGCUGAAAAAAAUACUUUGGCGGCCACUGGACCCCAACACCGUCUUCCAGCAAUUCUACCCGACGCCGACUUCGGGACUGGAACUUCUCAUGCUGAACCAGAACAGACCCUGGUCGCUGCCUGCCCUACGAACGUUGCUGGAAGCCAAAGCAAAACUGGACCGACCCGAAAACAAAGACGUGCUGGCCCUCGCCGUGAGAUAUGCGCCAAGCAGCCACGUGGAGACGCUCCUAAAGCACCGGGCCGACCUGGGCGGCUCCGCGGAUCCCUGGCGGCCCCUGGACAUAGCAUGCCACGACCACCCCGAAAACCUGCUACAGGGCCGUCCACAUCCAGGCAAGAUCACGAUGCUGCUGGCAGCCCGAGCCGAUCCCACGCGAAUGCUCGAGGACCCGACCAGCUGGGCCCAAAACCCAAGCCACCCAGACUGGUCCUACGGAGCCAACCCUCGAAGCCUAGCAACCCUCGUGGCCCUAGCCUGCGCAGCAGCAGCUCACUCAGACCCGGAGUGCAUGCAGCAAGUCGCGCGAGCGGCAGCGAACAAAAGUGCCAUCCCCUUAGAAUAUGUAAGCGACAGCACCCCCGGAAUGCAGGUCCUCACCGCAAGCCUGUGCAGUGCAGCUUGCACAGGCAACGCCCGCAACGUGUGCUGGCUACUAGAAAUGCGAUGCCCAGCAAAUGCACGCGUCGGCCGACACCUCCUGGAAGGUGAGUCCUGUCUCGUAACCAAUGCCGAGAGUCAGUGCACAGCCUUAAACCUCGCAGUCAGAAGCGGCUCCGUCGCCGCCACCCAAGCACUCCUCCACGCCAAGGCCGAUCCGAAUCUCACCUUCGACGAGCUUGCCGCCCUGGACCGAGCUGCGCUGCACAAGGCACCAGCAACGAUAAUAGAAUGCAUACUAGCGGCCAGAGGCGAAGCGACCACGCCCACAGCGCACACGACAUCUCCGCUGACCGGGGCGCAUACCCGAGCGGCGAACCCGACAAGGCUCCUCAGCCCGGGGCCGCCUGCGGACUCGCAACCAAGCAAUGCGCAAGACGUCAGACGGGCCACUGCUCACGUUGGUGAAGCCAUCAUGCAGCCCGAAAGCAGCCGACGGUGGGCCGACAUGACAGACGACGACGAUCAGGCGACCGGCUGGGACUUCGAAGCGUUCAAGAAGGACUACCUGGCGAGGAGAUGCAGCCUGACACUUCUGACGCCCGUGCAUGCCCCAGGCGGAACAAUCAAGAUCGACGAGGCGCGCUGCCUGGAAAACCUCCCCGACAACCGCACCUCGACGGGACACGACCCCGCCCUCCGGCGCGAAGCCAAGAACACCCCGACGGAAGAAGGCAUCACGGCCCCCAAAAAGCCACUGCCGCGCCAGCCACGAUGGACGGCCGACGACGAGAGAGCCCUGGAUCGUGCUUUCCAGCGAGCAGAGGCACCGGAGAGAAGCUACACCCCAAAGGCGCACAACACCUCCCCCGGCAAGCGUCUAGUCCCACUGUGUGCACAGGCCGACAGAGCCGCCGAGGCAACACCGCCAAGAAACGAAGCCGUGGAAGCGGCAAAGCUCGCAAGGAAUGCCGCUGAACCAUCUCACGAAGGACCGGCCGCGCGACGAGGGGGGGCCGAGGCGGGCUCCGACCACGACACGGAGCCCGGACCCAGCGUCGAGGAGCACUUUCGGGGCACGCUGGCCAUCAAGAAGAUGUCAGGCGACGGCAACUGCCUCUUCCACGCGCUCGGAGAGAACACCGGCGAGAGCGGGGCAUGCCUCCGAGCCCUAAUCAUCCAGUACCUCAGAGAGAACGCAGAAGCCGAAGAAGACGAAGAGCAAGUGCAGGCCUGGCUACAGGAAAGCCAAUACCUCCAAAGCGAUCCGGGUCACUGGGGCGGCGACACGGCCAUCAUCGCUUUCACCCGCAUGAGGCAGCAGCGAGUCCUUUUGCACUGGCGGACGCCAAACGGCGACAUCCUCACGAGCGAGCGCACGCACUCGGACGUGGACGAAGCAGCCCAACGCGGGCCGCACGCAGCACCGAACGCCACGGAAGUGAUCCAUCUCUGGUACAACGGCAGGGACCACUACGACCUGCUGGUGCCCAUAGACCGAGCACCGCCACCAGCACCACCACUGCCACCACCACCACCACCACCACCACCACCCCACCCGAUUCCGCGCCCAGCCAAGCGCAGAAGAACCGCCGCCGGCGGAGAGGAGGCCCAUCAACAGGCAAGGCUGUGUCCGUGCAUUCGGGCCUUCAAGUUACAACUGGGCCUUCAAGUUGCGCAUGCAAUUUCUCUAGGGUUUAGGGCGUCAUUACGCCGCGCCGGUGCAAUUCCCCGCUGUCUCCAGUCAGUCCAUCCGUGUCGCAAUCGGUGCUAA